AUGUCUACCGCAGUGGAAUGGGUGCCCUUGACAUAUAGCUCAAAGGUAUCCCGGUACAUUCUCGUAAGGCCUCCCCGGUCUCAAUGCGGCAAUCGUCGGCUGUUUGGUAUUCCUAUUGUCAAGAGGGAACUUUGGGACAUGGGGUCCGCUGCUUUCGAACACAUUGAGCCAGACGAACCCUUACCAGACGACCAUUUCUUCAUCGCCAUGAAUUCCCUUACAUUUCUCAAGAUAUAUCAUGGCCUUCGCGUUUGUAUUUUGUCACAUGGAAAGGUGGUCGGAGACUCGAAGAAUAUCCCACCGGAGUGUAUGUCGUCCGGAAAGGUGCUGUUGUUAGUAUUAUGGAGGGAUACAGAAUCCGAUGCUGCCUGUCCCACGCCAAGUCAAGUGCGUUCCCUGGAGAAGAAGCUUGGACGCUCACCGGGAUGGUGGGUGGAAGUCCCACAAUUUUGA